UGUAGUUUAUGCACGGCGCAAGAGGGCAGGGUCGAGUUGCAACUUCCAUUUACAUUUUGACAAUUUUGCACGAAAUUAAUCAUGCUGCGCCUGCGUAUUGGCAAAUCAAAAUCUGAAACGCGGACAAGCACAAGAUAGUACUGCUUACUCUGCGCCUCUUGUCAUCUUCAUCUACUGCUCUCUCGAAAAACCUAAACCAUUUUUCUUUGUCCAUCUUCGCGUCGGUCGUUUGGUUUGCACGAUUUUUUCUUGCGACUACAACUUUUUCUUUCCCGGCGUCGUUGUGUACUUGGAGGCUCUCUACUUCGUUGUAGUUCUGUCAGAGAACAAGGUCGUGUUUCUGGUGCACCGCAAUUAACGAUUUAACUACAACGACCGAUCGCGGCGACGUUAGCAACGAAGACCGACGGGGCUUAACACCAACAUGCCUUCUUCCACGGGACCGCCAGGAGCGCCAACGACGCUGCUGCAGACCGGGGGCGGGAGUGGCUCCGGGAGCGGGGCGAGUAGAAGUGGUCUACAUCACGACUAUGAUCCAAUGCACCUGCAGAUGAUAUCGAUAGAUCGACGCGAGUGUUUGGAGUUGGACCUAGAACGACUCCGGGAAGUAUGAAAAGAACUGCAGUAGGGUUUUCUUUUGUAGAAAGCGGUCGAGUCAAUUUUGUCAUGCGUGGUGGUACUGGUGUGGUAUGGUAACUGUAAGCCAAGGCCAAGGAGAGCGACAGGGACAGUAAAGAGUAGUAGAACUCGCAUGACAAUUCAUGACAAUCUCCUUCCAGUUCCAUGAUCAUUGAUGCAAGAAAAUUCUGAAGCUUUUCUUUCCACGAAGGCAAGCUGAUCGCAUCCACCAAGCUGUCUUGAGGCGUGCUUGUAAGUUUCUGAUCCCAUGUUAAAAUCCUUUACUUUGUUUUGCCACGAAUUUUGCGGAUCCUGCAAUAAAAAUGUCUUUUGUGAUGCGAGUAACUGCAUGAUAACCUACUUCUCAGGUGCUCCGUCGAAUGCCACCAACUCGACCAGUUCGAACACGCCGAACAGCACUUCGAACUCAAAACUUAUCCAACAGGGUACACGUGUUGGUGCUUCCCCGCUCUUCCAGGUGGAGUUUGUCAUGCUUGUUGCAACAUUGUACUCCACCACAUCUUCAAGGGUCCUGCGUAGUUGCAGCGGAGAUUUGAAAGGUUGCUGAAGAUCGUCGACGGUUGUGGCUCCUGUACGAGUGUAAUGAUGCUUUCCUUGCAUGAGCGGGGUAAGAAACCCAAACGAGAACUUCGCGGUUGAGUUCUCAUCCGGCCGGCCGGCCGGAUGAGAACUCAACCACAUCUGUGGCGGAUUGAAAUCUGCCGGCCGGUCGUCCGGGUCCUCUUCUUCCCUCCUGGUCGACGGCCUCACUCUUCUUCUUGUCACCCCACAGCUGCGCUGUUUCACUACGCAGAAAGCCCGAGCUUUGUCAUGCAAAAACUGCGGCAAGUGCCUAAACCCAAGAAGCAGAAGCUGCGUUGUUUGCUACUUCUCCUGCGAGUCGCCGGAAAAGCAAAAGGCGAACAGCCUGGGGACCCAGAGGAUGGGGGCACAGCCCAAAGCGGGCGCGCAGCGCUGAGUGACUGACCAUGCCGGCUGCGGCCGGGCGCCGACGAACCCCACAAGGAAGCAACGCAACAGCGUACAACUUGCGCGCGCGGGCGGUCCUGAUGUGCCGCCUUCGUGUGUAGGAAAAGAUAAAGACUGCUAGGGCGCCAGUAGCCCGCCGGAGGUACACAGUCACAGGGGGGCGGCCCAGGCCAUUUGCAUUGUCCCUGCUACCGGUUGGGGGUAGCUUUGGAGCCCGACGCGCCGCAGGAUUCGGGCGCCGGCAGAAAGGGCAGCGCGCGCGGCGCGUCGGAGAUUGGUUGCCCGGCGCGCCGAGCGAGGCCCCGCCUCCCAUCGCGCAAGUCGGUGGACGCGCGAAGCGCGUCCGACCCGGGUCCGGCGCAUCUACCAACUGCUGCGCCGAAGGAAGCAUUAGCCAGCGGAGAGGCGCGCGGACGCGCUUUCUGGGCCGGCGAUUGCAGCGCACAACUACAACGGGCGCGCAUUGCGCGCCCCGCGAAAUGUUGCCUAUUGCGUGUGCGAGCCCCGCGAAUGUUUUUGCAUUCAAUUCUUUCGAAUUCCACCCAGAAGCCAAAAGGCAUAGCGCAGUCCAAGUAUGAAAGCGCGUCCGCGGCGGGCGCGCACAAUGUGCCACCUUUAAAAUUUUUCAACUUCUGCCCCGCUGCAUAGCGUACCUUCCCUGUAUUCGCAGCGGGCGCGCGCAGCGUGCCCAAAGAAUUUUUGUGUUGCACACGGCCCCCGGCGAAAGGGGAGUGAGGAGGGCGUCGGUCUCCAGCAGGCCGCUCCCCCCCCCCCCUUCGCCCGAGCGAAAGGCGGGCCAAUUUUUGCCAGAAGAUGACCAGGACGACCGGCCGGUCGAUUUCCGCCGCCGAUGUGGUUGAGUUCUCAUCCGGCCGGCCGGCCGGAUGAGAACUCAACCGCGAAGUUCUCGUUUGGGUUUGUUACCCCGCUCCAUGAAAAACUGGAUUUUUGACAUUGGGAAUGCACCAUCAAAAUCCCCCAUGCAUACCUUAGCAGUUAAACACCGUUCUGAUACAUUACGAACGCGUCCGAGCCAGUUUGGAAGAGGAAAUCGCAAACCUGGAGCGGCAGCUGGAACAGGAAUAUGCACAGGGUGGAUCAUCCGGUCAACAUAGCCAAUAUGCGGCUUAUAGUCAGCAACAUCAUCACGGAAGCAAGGAUCUGUACCCGAACACUAAUGCUACAGCUCACCAACAGAAAUUUCCAACAGGCUCAUCGUCCAAGACCAACUCUUCUACGACUGCGCCGCCCACUUCGCAGAAUCCAGUUCACCACAGCCACGAUGUUGUGAUGGAACAAGCUGCGCAUCAACCGGUCAGCACGUCGAGCAACUACUUGGCCCAGCCUUCCACUCUGCUCACGUCGAUGGCAACCGGGAGUGGUGCAGCGACGGUGGGUAAGUCUUCGUCUUCUGGAGGUACUUCCUCUAGUAGUCUUGGCAACGUGGCGGGUGCAUCAUCGACGACAGGUGCCGGGGGGAGCAAGUUUUCCAUGCAUGGGACGUCAAGUAAUUCAUCUUCUUCAACGCUUGGAAGCCGCCGGAUUGGAGCUGGAAACAGUGGCCACGGCUCCUACGCGAACUCGCAUCUUUUACAGCCGUCGUCGACCUCGUUACAUCACACCAGUUCCCAUAGCUCCAAUAAUUCCGGGACGGCAUCGAGGGUAUUCAUAAUUAAUAAGACGCUAAUAAACUAACAUGUUGCAGUUGGUUGAUCAGAAGAUAUUUGUCUUUCCGUUUAUUAGCAAUCUUCGUCUUUUUUCAGGCUGUGCAAAGGAGCGCCUAUCGAUAACGAUAUGAAGCUGAUCUGAAAACAACUCUAUCAGGAACAAAGCAGCGGGCUGUCCCAUCCAAACACUUCUACGACGUUGCACCGUCUUGGUUCGGAGCGCCGCACCGGUUACAGUCCCCACAAGCACUACAGUAACUACUCCACUGGAAGCAGAAACACGCCGGCGCAUAACUCGCCGCUGCGCCACGGGUACUCCACGUCGACGUCCGGUUCAAACUACAAAUCUUCGUCUACGUCUCGGGGACAUCAGUACUUCUACAGGAGGUUUUUUCAUGCCUGAUAAUUCAUUUCAAAUUUAUAGUACUCGUAGCUUUUCGCAAGAGAGCAUGAUCAGAAAUGAGUUACAUGCACUAGUAAAACUGCUACAGGUAUAGCAAGUCCUCGAAUUCCGGAACUGCUUCUUCGGGGCUGCAUACCACGUCGAGCUUACGCGUUGAAAAUCUUCAUAACUCCUCACACAACAGCUGAUGCUCGCAUAAUUUUCAUCUCAUGCAUGCCAUGAUCCAACAAGUCCAACACCAACUGGCUCUCUUUUUGCGGUGCUAAAUGCUGCACCUCUUAACAAAUAAGCGAAAGCUGAUCUACUGUCUGCUGAGGAGCCUCUAAGAUUUUCCUCUUGAUCCACCACGAAUUCCACCAGUCCCCACUUCGAGAGCGGGGGCACGGGCGUGCUGAAGACGCGAAGCAGUAACAGCACCACCUCCAGCAGCGCAGCCUCGACCAGCGGUGGCGGUGCAAGCGGGGGCAGGUACGGCGCGACAACUUCCAAUUUCUCUUCUAGUUCGAGCCACACAGGAGCUGGGGCUUACACGUCCUCGACCGGUGCAACUGGCACGACAAAUCCCCGGGCGGGGGUCGUGCCGAACCUGCGCCAGCAUCAGUCGUCAACACGUAGCAUGUCGCCACUGCUGCACGAUAAGAUCGCGCACCAGCAUGGGAUCAGCGUGUCCAGCAGUAUCAACUUCGGGUCGAGCAGCCGGAUUUUGGGCGGAUCUUCAGCAGGGUCGGGAAGUAGUGGAAUAGGAAGCAGCUCUUCGGGCAGCGGCUCUUCGUUGGCGGGCGAGGCGAAGUACAACUUGGACUGAUAUCUUGUUUUGUCACAAUGCCGACUGAAGAUCUACUUUGGUACAGCACAUGCCCUCCCUCGUCAAUACAGAAUGAUGACUCUGCCGGUAAUUCUAAUUGCAGUCUUUUUCCCUGCCCAUUCUUGAUCCCAAACUCCAGAUCGCGUCGCCUUCCCGGACUGACGCCACGCACGGACCAGCCGGGCUCCUACUCGGCUUUUCAGCACCAGUCUGGGAGCCACGGUCUCUGGGAAAGCAGUCACCGGGCCACUGGGUACAACAGCAACCACUACUAUGAAAGGGAAAGAAGAAGAAGCAGACACUCCAGUCGAAGUCCCUAUCGUGGUCGCGGCCACGGGCGGUGGCAUGAUCGUGGUGAUCAUGGCCGCGCGUCUCUCAAUGCGUCACGCGAUUUGCGAUGGCGCGGCCCCGUCCGUGGCACCUUCCCUCGGAUGGAUACUAGCGAUCGUCGUGUCAGAGAAAGGUCGAGGGAGCGCGUUUGUCAUAGAGUACGCAAGGGAAAAAAUGGUCACGAUCUUUACAUGUGAGAAAAAUGGUGCGCUGCACAACGGUGAAGGUGAGCACGAUGCAUUUUGUGCUGCAUGGCAAAUGUAGUGGGGGCCAGUAUCCUACUAUUGAUAUUUUGUUGUAAUACAUCAAGAUCAAGCAGCGAAUUUUCUCCGUGCAGAAGAGACGUCGACUUUUUUCAUUUGCAUAGCAGAACCAUCGCCCCCUACAUCGACAUCACCCAUACUCGUCGAGCUCGAGCAAGUAUCCCAUUGUGUUGAAAAGUCUGCCGAGGUCGGGUGCGUUCUUUUGCCAUGAUCUUGGUGUAGCAUUUGCAUAGACAAUGACACCGUCGAGACGCAAGAACACUGGUGCAGCUUUCGUAACCCUAAGCGCUGAUGCACUAAACUUUCUCUUUUGCACCACAGAGAAGGUGAAGGACGCUUCUAAUCGGUGAAUUUUUCACGCAAUACCACUUGCAACAACUCACGCCACUACCGUACGAGGGAGCGACCAGGACAGCGCUACUAG